AUGUCGUCCUCUCCUCGUCCAAAUUCGAGCGUCAUCGACGAAAACGCUGCGGCUGAUCAGCCGGGUUCGGACAAGAUGCCCGUUGCCACGCUCGCUGCUCCGCCCUUGCGCGAGCCCCUGCUCAGCGCGCCCGUCCUCCAAGAAGCGGUCUGCUUGCUCGCCAGGCUCUCCUCUGCUAGCAAUGCCUACGCUGAGAAGGACAUCAUGGCUCGCGACGUGCUCCUCGAUGCCCUCGCCAUCGGCAAACUUAGCGGCUCUGAUGCAGACAGCGCCAAGCCCGUCAGCAUCGCCACACCUCGCCCGGACUGCAGUAGUGCCUCUGGCGCCAUCAAGGUUGAUCGCAAGACCAACGUCGAUCCCGAACACGCUGUCAGUUCCGACGCUGCCGGCUUGUCAUUUGCCGUUGGGUCGCAAGUGAAGAGCGAACGCCAGAAGACGCUCAACGACGUCAGCAGCCUCGUCUACCGGGCGCUCAAGGGCAUGGUUGAAUUGUUGUCUCCUCGCACGCCCAAUGCCUAUGUUGAGUAUCAAAGCAUGCGCCCCGAGUUCAAGGAUCUCGAAACUCGAGCCUACGUCUUGCACAAUCUGCUCGUUCAGAUGAACAACAAGCUCAAAUGA